AGCGUGCGCGAGUGCGGAGCGCGCCGGGGGCUCAUGGCGGAAGUGGACCUGGUCGCCGAGUUCCCCAAGCCGGCGGACGCGGCGCGCCGCGGCGAGGUCAUGGCUCGCUUCGCCGCCAGGCUGGGCGCGCAGGGCCGGCGCGUGGUGCUGAUCACGUCCGGCGGCACCAAGGUCCCGCUGGAGGCCCGGCCAGUGCGCUUCCUGGACAACUUCAGCAGCGGGCGGCGCGGGGCCUCCUCGGCCGAGGCCUUCCUGGCUGCGGGCUACGGGGUCCUGUUCCUGUACCGCGCUCGCUCCGCCUUCCCCUUUGCCCACCGCUUCCCGCCCCAGACCUGGCUGUCGGCGCUGCGGCCCUGCGGCGCGGCCCCUCCGGGCUUGCUGAGCCUGCAGGCCGAGGAGGAUGCUCUUCCGGGCUUCGCGGCGGCUCUGCGCAGCUACCAGGAGGCUGCGGCUGCCGGCACCUUCCUGGCCGUGGAGUUCACCACCUUGGCGGACUACUUGCACCUGCUGCAGGCUGCGGCCCAGGCGCUCAAUCCGUUGGGCUCUUCUGCGAUGAUUUACCUGGCUGCGGCCGUGUCAGAUUUCUAUGUUCCUGUCUCAGAAAUGCCUGAACACAAGAUCCAGUCAUCUAGGGGCCCACUGCAGAUAACAAUGAAGAUGGUGCCAAAAAUGCUUUCUCCUUUGGUUAAAGACUGGGCUCCCAAAGCAUUUACAAUUUCCUUUAAGUUGGAGACUGACCCUUCCAUCAUGAUCGAUCGUGCACGGAAUGCUUUGGAAGUUUAUCGACAUCAAGUGGUGGUGGCUAAUAGCCUUGAGUCACACGGGUCCUUUGUGAUUAUUUUAACGAAAGACUCAGAAACCAAGAUACUGCUGUCAGAGGAAGAAGCAGGAAAAGGCAUAGAUAUAGAAAAGAAGAUAGUAGAUGACCUUCAGUCUCGACACACAGUUUUUAUACAUGACAAAAACUGAAGUAAAAAGAAAAGCCUUUGUUUGUAGGAUCAAAAAUUGUUCAGUGGAUCAGGGCUCUUAUAAGUGGUAAAAACAAAUCCUUUGCUAUCAUAAAGACAAAAAAAUGAAGGGAAAAAACUGUGAGUGGUAUGCAGAUGAAUAUAGUUUGGUAUUUAUCUUUUAAAGAUCAUUUCAUACUCAGUAAAAUGAAAAAAGCAAAGCAGUUAUGAUCAAACCACCUGACACACUCACCUGAUUAUCACCUGGAUUGUGAAAAUGAACACGAACUGUUGCUCACCUUUUAAAAAAAGAGCUUAUUGGGAAUUAUAUUUCUCAGAAUCUACAUGUGAGGCCUGAAUAUCAACCUUCUUCAUAUUAUGAGGAUUAUGGAUGCAUGAAUGGCCAUGCCUUAACGAUCAAAUAUUUCUUGAUGGCCUACUAUGUGGUAGGCCCAGAGGAUUAUGAGGAUUAAAAAGAUGAAUAUAUAUGUCUCUGGGAAACAGAUGUAUGAAAAAUAAAGUGCAAUAAAGUGUGCCCAAAAGCCAACACAAUGGAAA